AUGGUUGCAACAAUACUCUUGACACUCAUAUCGACUCUCGCCGCUCUCUCGCCUUCCGUUGCAAUUGUCCCCGAGCCCGCCUGGAAUGGUCACACGACACCAGACUCCGUAACUCCUGCCACCUUCACACCAUACUAUGUCCCACCUGGAGCAAAGUCCUACGACUCAAGCUCUCCUCUCAUUCAUUACUCAAAAGGCUGGCAAGAAGUCUUCUCAUCAGCUCACGUCGGCAACUCUUUCCGUCAAGCGAACCAACUCGGCGCUUACCUCUUGUUCACGUUCUCUGGCACCGGUAUCGAAGCGUUUGGACCAUGCGACGAGCUUCAGGGAAUGGCAGCCGUGUAUAUCGACGGGAAACUUGUCCGUAUGGUCAACGGAGCAUGUCCAAACACCAGACGACUAGUGCAACAACGCCUGUUUUGGGUCUUCGACUUAUCGCCCGGAAAACACACCAUCAAGCUCGUCAACGCUGCUGUCCGUGCCGGAUCCAACCACGCAACUUUGAGCUUUGACGCUUUUGUCGUUACUCUUGGCCAAGCACCAACCGCCCGUGAACUGAGUCGUGACUCGCUUCCUCCGGCCACACUCCAAACCAAAUCGUGGGCUUUGGAACAGAAAGGGUCAACCGGAGUCAACGCGAUGCAACUUGUGGUGAUAUCUCCUAGCCACGCGCUUAUUGUCGACAAGGUCGAGCACAACCCGUUGACUAUCGAUGGCCAUCCUGCUUGGGCAGCAUUGUACAAUCUCGAGAACCACAGCGUCACUCCCUUGUCUCUCAAGUCCAAUUCCUUCUGCGCUGGCGGUACUUUCCUCAGUAACGGUACUCUGAUCAAUGUCGGAGGCAACCCGGUUGUCGAAGACAAGACGUCGGCUGCUGAUUUUGGCGAUGUGAACGGGCUUCAAGCGAUUCGCAUUUUCCAACCAUGUAUUUCUCAAUCUGUCGAAGGCUGCGCUAUCUACGAAAAUCCUCAACGAAUUCGAAUGGCUUCUCCUCGUUGGUACAGUACUGUGCUGCGAAUCGACGACGGCAGUGCGAUGAUAAUCGGUGGCUCUAAGAAGGGAGGCUGGAUCAAUAAUGCGACCACAAACAAUCCUACAAUCGAGUACUACCCUCCCAAAUCAAUUCACGGCUCCAAGGGUUUGCCGAUUGCGUUCCCGUUUUUAGAAGACACGCUCAAUGCCAAUCUGUUUCCUAUCGCCUUCGCCCUUCCUGAUGGCACCAUUUUCGUGGCCGCCAACACACAAGCUAUGAUAUACGAUUGGUCAAAAAACUCGGCGCACCACCUUCCUCCAAUCCCCAACGGCAUUCGAGUCACAUAUCCUAUGGCGGCAACUGCUGUGCUUCUCCCAUUAUCUCCUCAAAAUCACUACACGCCUGAAGUCCUCAUAUGUGGGGGUUCAAAUGUCGACGAUCGGAAACCAGGCUACGAAAUAUCCUCCCAAAACCCUGCCUCAGCGCAAUGCAUCAGAAUGGUCUUGAACGAUGAAGGAAUCAGCCGAGGAUGGGAAGUGGAGUCGAUGCCUGAAGCUCGUUUGAUGCCUGACGCAGUUCUCCUGCCCACUGGACAAGUUGUCAUUGUCAAUGGCGCUGGUACGGGUAUCUCUGGCUAUGGCAAUGUUCGUAAUCAAGUUGGCCAAUCGAACGCGGACCAUCCGGUGUUGACGCCUGUCCUCUACGAUCCAUCCGCCCCCCACGGGUCUCGUUUUUCGCGCUCAGGAAUGCCUACCAGCAAUAUACCUCGGUUGUAUCACAGUGUUGCAACCUUGACCCCUCGGGGCGAUGUUAUGAUCGCUGGUAGCAACCCCAAUCUGGACCGGAGCGAACUCAAGUAUGGAACGGAGUAUCGAGUCGAAUGGUUACGGCCCCCAUACAUGUCCAUGGCUCGUCCUCAGAUCGUCAAAGGGCCAAAGCAGGUUCUUUUCGGUCAAACGGUAGAAUUAACCGUCGGGCUAGCGACAAAGUCCUCUUCUAAAAUCAAAGUCGCAUUAAUGGACUUUGGCUUUGUCACACACGCAGUCCACGCCAACUCCCGGCUGGUUUAUCUUGAUUUCAAACUUCCGGAGGACGGUGACCGGCUUAGUAUUGUUGGCCCGCCUAGCGGAAAAGUCUAUCCGCCUGGCCCUGGUUGGAUCCAUAUUGUGGUUGAUGGUGUCCCCAGCGAGGCCCUGCAUGUAAUGAUUGGCGAUGGCAAGGAUCCACAAGUGGAUGAUGCCGCUUUGAAAAAGUGCGGUGUCUCCUUCUCGUAUUGUGGUACUUUUGCUGACGAUGAUUCACAGUGUACUGGAGAACACAAGCACAAAUCCUAA